GGAAAGGUUAUUGUCGAGUCGAGAGGACGAAAUGCUUCGUUAGAAAGGAUGGAUUUUAUUUUAAGGUCUGCCCGGAGAGGCCAUUGGAGGAAGAGCGCCACGUGACAGAGGGGUGCCAAUGUUAUUCUCCAAGGGUGUCAAGACCCUGUCAGUUUGCGAAAUAAAUAUUGGGAAACAACGAAAUGCAAAAAGCGACCUACUACGACAGCUCUGCAAUCUAUGGUGCCUACCCCUACCAAGGAGCAAAUGGUUUCACUUAUAAUGCGAGUCAGCAGCAAUAUCCUCCAUCUUCAUCACUUGUGGAAACUGAGUACCACCGCCCCGCGUGCUCCCUCCAGUCCCCUGGCAGCUCUGUGUCCCACCACAAGGCCAAUGACAUCAGUGAGAGUUGCAUGAGGACCCUCCCCAGUCAGACUCUCCAGCCCCCCAGCCUCGCUGACCCACAGGCUCCACCGCAGCCGCCUCCAGCCCAGCAGGCACAACCUCCACCUCCGACCUCCACUUCACCAUCUCAAAAUGCCAGCAGCAACCCUGCCCCGGCCAACUCCACCAAGAGCCCAGCUCUUAACUCACCCACCGUGUCCAAACAGAUAUUUCCAUGGAUGAAAGAGUCUCGGCAAAACACAAAGCAGAAAAACAGCAGUUCCAGUUCAGGUGAGAGUUGUGCUGGUGAUAAAAGCCCUCCAGGGCAAGCCUCCUCUAAGCGAGCCCGUACAGCUUACACAAGUGCCCAGCUGGUAGAACUGGAAAAGGAGUUCCACUUCAAUAGGUACCUUUGCAGGCCAAGAAGGGUAGAAAUGGCUAAUUUGCUCAAUCUCACAGAAAGACAGAUCAAAAUCUGGUUUCAAAACCGCAGAAUGAAAUACAAAAAGGAUCAAAAGGGAAAGGGUAUGAUGACCUCUUCAGGAGGACAGUCCCCAAGCAGAAGCCCUGUCCCUCCAGCUGCUGGGGGAUAUCUAAACUCUAUGCAUUCUUUAGUAAACAGUGUCCCCUACGAGCCCCAGUCGCCUCCACCAUUUAACAAGCCUCAUCAAAAUACCUAUGGCAUCCCUGCAUCGUAUACUGCUCCUCUUAAUAAUUGCCCACCUCCUCAAAAGAGAUACACGGGGACAGCAGCUGUGACACCUGAAUAUGAUACUCAUCCUCUUCAAGGCAACGGUUAUGGGAAUCCACAUAUACAGGGAAGCCCCGUCUACGUAGGGGGCAACUACGUGGAGACCAUGACCAAUUCUGGGCCUUCCAUCUUUGGUCUAACUCAUCUCCCUCAUCCUCCCUCUGCCAACAUGGACUACAGCGGGGCUGGGCCAAUGGCCAACAAUCACCACCAUGGACCUUGUGAUCCACAUCCAACGUACACAGACCUUACUGCUCACCAUCCUUCUCAGGGAAGAAUUCAGGAAGCGCCCAAACUCACUCAUCUGUAAGAGACGGGAGUCACUAAGAGGAACAGCAAGCCCCCAAGUUUUGGAAAGUACUCAUCCCUUCCCUUCUCUCUCCUCCCCCCAACAUGUGCCCUCCCCUUCCCUUCUCGUUUCUUUUGUUCGUUUUGGUUUGUUUUGUUUCCUUUCGUAAAAGCGUUUUCUAGUUUAUGUGACGUAGCAAUAUUUGUUGCUUGAAUUGCUCUAUAGUUUCACUAGUGGAUAUUUAUCUUCUUGAACUGUAGCCUUGUGUCUCACUUUGGGAGUAUGCAGAGGCUUUAUACUUUACCUUCUACACUUUUAUCAAAACAGGGUAUAUGAACAAAUUUUCUAUAAAAGGAAUUCUUAAAUGUGAAUUUGUUCGUACAUGAUUGAUCCCACGGGGAAGCAAUUUUUUUUAUUGCACUUCUUUUAAAUAGCAAGAAAGACAUCAAAAGCGCUUGGACAGGGACUUCCUGGACAAUUAUUGAUACGUGUAAGUCUUUCAAUGUGUGUAUGCUGGUGAACAUUCAGAUUUAUUUAUAUUUUUUUUUCGCAAACAUUGAAUAAUCUAAGUGUUUAAAAUUUUAUUUAUCCCCAUUUGUUCAUAUUUAUAUAUAUAUAUAAAAUCUGUACCCUGAAUAUUCAGGAGGCCAUAUAUUAGAUGGCAUAUCGGCACGUGUUAGAAAUAUCAUUUGAAAGGAAACUAUUAACUCCUUUUAUUGAAAAUAGUGAUAAUAAUGAUGAUGACGAUGCAAUAAAAUCUGGGAAAAAAGAUCACGGUUUGAAUAUUUUAUGUUUGUAACAUCCAGCUAGGCAAAAAGUGUGUGAAGCUGAAAAGGCUAGAUUUGUUUUGAAAGUUUUACAUUCCUUGCUGCUCA